AUGCCACCUGACAGAGGGCGCGCGUCGAGAGCCUGCGCUUCAUGCAGAAAGCAGAAGACCAGAUGCUACGAGUCUGGCCAGCCUCGGGCGCCAUGUCUGCGAUGUGAAAGGCUCAGUCAAAGAUGCUCAUUUGCUCAGGAUCUGGUUGAGGAACGAUCUACAUCGACGGAGACAAGCACUGACGCUCGGCUGGAGCGACUCGAAAAGGUGGUGACUCGUCUCCUCGAUCGACUUGGAGAGGACACUUCCCAGCUAGCGUGUUCUGCUCCAAGGUCUAACCCCCGCUACCAGCCAGCGACGGCAAGCCCCGUAAACACGAUACACAAGGGUGACUCCGCGGGACCCGUGAUAGUGAUUCGUGAUCUAGCAGCCGAUACAGGGAUUGGACUGCCGACUACUUCACAGACAGCGCCAUUGAACGAUCUUGUGCCGCCGGAGAUAGCUCUGGACUUGAUUACAAUCUUCCUUGAACAUUACGGCCGGUGGGUUCUGUUUGACCCAGAUGAGGACCCUAAUUUCCUCCUUCAACGAGUGAGCAAGUCACCCUUGCUCUUAUGCGCCUGCUGCUUGAUCGCCGUUCGCCAUACCUCGCAGGAUAUUGCUGCGAGUCUCGCUCAGAAGCUCUACGAGAAUGCGCGUUCACUCGUUCAGAUCGCCCUUUUGGUAUCGCCGCAAACUAUCGAAUUCUUUCAAGCCGUCCUUAUUCUCUGCAUGUGGUCCACCACAGUAGGACAGGUGCCCCUCAGCAUUGACAGUUGGCUGUUGAGCGGAUUCGCGCUCCAGCAUUGCCAGUCAAGUUCACUCUUCUCCGAUGUCAUCAACACGUCAGCCACGCCAGAAUUUGAUAAGUCCACAUCCGAGCGCUGGUUUCUGUGGAACCAUAUCUGCCUCGUGCAUCUCCACUACUGUGUCGGGACCAGCCGAAGAUCGAUGCUCCAGGACUGGCAUAUAGCACGAUGCCGGUCCAUCAUUACCUCUGACCGCGCCACAAAUUACGAGCUGAGAAUGGUCGCCGAGGUUCAUCUGUACGACAGGGUCUAUAAGCUUUUGGCGGAACCCAUGGACCUUCCGCAAUCACUAGCGAGCCUCCAGGCCUGGCAGAACGAAUGGCAAUUUGUGCUAGCUAAUUGGUACAGAACAACCAAGGGCCCAGUUUCUGAUGAUGGGGUUACAAUUCUCACGUCUACUGCUUUACGAUCGAUGUCUCAAGUCGAAGUCUGCCCGGGCGCAAGAAUCAAUCGUUGGAGACAUGGUCGCAAAUGCCACAGCCAUCAUACGACUAGCCAUGGACACAGUGGAUGA